CAGCAGAUUACCCGCAGACACAACACUAGGAUCUGUUAUGUCAUAACUCGGAACUGCCAUGGAAGGAAAAUUAAACCUAAAACUAAAUGUUGUCGAUGAAAAUGGGUGUGAAUUAACCGAUGGAAGGUCACUUCUCUAUCAGACAACGUACACAGUCAGGUAUGUCGAAAAGCAACUUUCAGAAAUUUGAAAUUUAAUUUCAGAUCCAUAUCCAGUAGUUCAACUUCCGCUUUUUUUGCAUUGGUUCAUUUUGAUAUUAGCUUUAAGAAUCGAUCCGUAAACUAGUUGGUUCAGAGAACGUUUCGAAGUAUUUUUUCCAGGAGGACAAUUGUGUUGAUGGAAUGGAUUCUAGUUUACCUCGAUCGCUUUCUUUCAAGCCAUUCGCCAUAAACUAGUUUGCAACUUAAUCGUUUACUUAUAAUAACGUCAUUUGCUUAUUAAAAUUGUAUUAACAAGCCUCAAUUGCUAGAAUCAUUAUUCCUGCGUUAACUUCAGUUGUAUUUAUUCAUGUAUUAAUUCACUGCAUUAGGAGUUUGUUUUGCUGUUUAUCUUAAUGUGAAUUUACUUGCACAUGAAAAAGAAAUCUUGUUGUAGGGAUUGGUGGGUUAAGUCACUGCUGUUGAGAAUCAACCAAUCAUAUUGGAGCAUAAUGCUUCUUAACGUGAUAUGUAACCAGUUCACAAGAGGAGCAGUUUGCCAUGAAAAUAGUGCAAUCUCCAUUGCAAGAGAAUAAAUGAUGACUGAUCUUAGUGAACAUACUGUGAUGCUUCAUUGCUUCAAGAUCUCAUUAGUAAUUCUCCUUACUGUCUCUCAUACAAUUCUUAUGAUGUCAAUACUGAGAAUUUGUUACUGGACCAACUAAUAAUUCCUGAAUUGAUGUUUUUCUUCAUUCUCAUCACUAGAUCACUAGUCUUCUUAAUGUGUACUGAUAUUGUAAAGAGAAAUUCUGUCUUGGUCACUCAUUGGAGUUAAAGGAUUAAAAAAUUGAAGUGGAGCACGAUUCUUCUUAAGAUGAUGUGCGACCAGUUCUUCUCAUCAUGUAAUUAAGAGGAGCAGUUUGUCAUGGAAAUAGCACAGUCCCCAUUAGAAUUGAAUGCAUUACAAGACGAACUACCAUGACUGAUUGCUGGAAACAUAAUGUGAUGCAUUAUCUGUACUUUAAUGUGAAUUUUUCCUAGGAAUCUGGUACAUGUUCAUAAGGGUAGCAAAAGAGGGGUCCUGAUCCAGUUCCACACAAAUUUUUUUUAGAAAAAUUCCCAUGUCAACCAAACAACUCAUUUUGAAUUUCUAAUUUCAGAUGGAAAGAAGUUGUGCAGUGGGUGAAGGACAAGCUGUCAAUCACUUACUCACUAGCAUUUAGUUAUUUUGAUGAUGAGGGUGAUCUCAUAUUUGUAAGUGUUCAUUUUUUACAUGAUGAUAUAUGAGCCCUUUACAACUUAACAUCAGUAUCCAUGUUCUCUAUACUUUUCCCUUGACAUUUCCUUAGGUACUGACAAGGAGAAUUUGUGUAACAAUCAAAGCUUCUUAACUUGGUGAUCACUUCAUCUAUUCUCAUGAACUCAAUGAAUGAUUCAGCAGUGUUAAUGAAAGCAGAAAUCAGCGGCUGGUCAUUGUUAAGGUUUUUAAGAGUUAGUUACUCUUUGAUUCUGGGUCCUGUUGUUCAAAACAAAGUUAACCCUUUAACCUCUACCAUCUAAUUUCUCCAUACAAUAUCACCCCUGAGUCACACAUUAAGGUCAUCAGAAUUAAGGAAAUGAUCACCACAUAUAAAGAAGCUCUUGAUUGCUGAACAAAUUCUCCUUGUCAGCACCUUAGAACAUGUAUAGAGAACAGUAUGGAGAAUAUGCAUACUGAUUAUUGGGUUUUGUGUUUUGGAAAGAUACUUUGGCACACACUGCUUCUCACCACCCAGUAGUAUAUAGUAAGACAAAGGAAGAACUGAUAAAUUGCUACAGCUGUACAAUAAUCUGUAUGCAAAAAGCAAUCCAUUGAGUAUGUGAUCUAAAGCAAUUAACUCCAAGAGGCUUCAUGUUAUGAAAACUGGAACUAGUUACAAGGGUGUGGACCACAGGCUUGAUUGGGCAGACUAUUUUGUCCUGAUAGUGAUAGAUGGUGAAUUUGAGUAUUGAGCAAGAUUAAAUAAAAACACUUUCAUUUGAAUACAUCCCUAUUUCAUAACAGCUGGGCUAUAAGCAUGGUAGCUGAAUUACUUACAAGCCAUUCAUAAGAAAUCCAUGGCCUCUGCUGUAAAGCAUGACUAUGUAAGAAGCACUCAUGAAGAAAAUUGAAUUUUGGUAACAUUAAGAUACUGUAGAUUCUUCACUUGGCCUUGUUUUUGUGGCUUGCUGCUUUUGUUAUUUAGAAAGCAAAUUGCAUAAAGCGUUUUAGAGACUUGAACAGGUAACAGAAUUGUCCAAACAUUCCAUGUCAUUAAUAUAUUUAUAAUAUAGGGAAACACGGAACAAGAAUGGAAGGAAGUGUUGGAAAACAAACAUGAAAAUAAAGAUGGAUGUGGAUCUACAAUCUCUGUCAAUAUUCUUCUUUUGGGAAAGGCUGAAACUUCAAGUUGUUGUAAAGAAGUGAAGGCACAAGUAUGUUGGCAAUCAUCCUUUAUACAGUCAGGUGGAAGGUAGAAUGCUAAGGGAAAUAAGUGCACAGAUGCAGCAGCUGAUCUGAGUACAAGGCUGUCAGAAAGCCUUUUUAUCCCAAAGUCUAAUGCUUAUUCUCUCCUCAAGCUGCUGCUCACAUUUCUUUUAAAUUAGUUACAAGAAUUUGGUGUUAGUUCAAGAGAACAACCUCUACAUGAUAAGUUUUUUGUCAGAUCUUGCCUAAGACUGGGAACUAUUCCGAUAUAAUGCUCUUACUGGAUACAUGAAUUGAUGUGAUUUGUUGUAGAAGCCGACAAGUCGUUGUACUGGAGUACAAUCAAAACUGUCCUGCUGUGAAUUUUUGAGGCCACUCCCUCCCAACCCAGAUGUAGUCAGUGACCCACCAGAGAAAAAGUAAGCCCAAGAAUGUUUGUAGGAUAUGCAAAGGAAUGUUGAAAUGUUUUGGUUCAAUACUGGUCAGAAUGAAGCAAGUACAUACCAUGAAAACCAGAAUAGUAAUGCAUCAAUCAGUUUGAAGUUGGUGAUCAUUUCUGUUACUCUUAUGAGCUUAAAGUAUGAUUCAGGGGUGAUACUGUAAGGAGAAAUCAGAUGCUGGUGUUAAGUGUCAUUUUGUGUUGUCAGGGUCAACCCACGUUUGCACGAGUACAAGUACAGUGGUGAUGCCCUGAGAGCUGUUGCUUUGCCACUUGGACCAAUAGGUAUGUGAAAAACAGAAAUAAUAUAUAAAAAAAUUUUUUAUUUAUAAACACUUUGUAUUAAGUAUGCCAUUUUCAGUAGUUUAAUUAACACAUAAUAUGACUUGUGUGGAUGUUUUGCGCAUUGUGUGGUUUUUUUCUGAGCCUGUCAGGGCAAAGAAUGUAUCAUAAGUUAAAGCAUUAUAAUUAGGGAUUUAUUGAUACCACUGUUGUUCCAAGACUAUAAUUAUAAUUCCACUAAAAGUAAAGCCAAUAAAAUAAAAAACAAAAUCAAAGUUUAGAUCAUUCAUUGCAGGCCAUUUUGUUGCUCUGUAUUUUUGCCCUACUCUACAAUGCAUUCUUAUGAUCAUAUUUGGUAAAAUUACAUGGCAGUGGAAAAAAUAAAAAGUUAAUAUGAUUAUUUAUGCUUGAAUCAAAAAGCACAACCUUGAAAAAAAAGAGACCAUAUCUGAGAUGUGCAAAACCACUCUUUUAAAGCACAAAAGGGGUGGUGUGAGGCUCCAUUUUCACAGCAAAGGUUUUACACUUAGCCUCUUUUUCCAAGUGAUGGUUUAUAGACAUUGGACCAAAACAGUCCUGAUUGGCUAGUUUCCCCUUCAGACUGAUCUUGUGGAAGUACCUUGACCUUACAUUUUAUUUACAAUGGGCCUUAUGCCCUCUGCUUUCAGAGAAAAGAUUAGACCUCUGGCAUUAAUUCACUUAUAAAUUAAAGUAAUUUCUUACCAAUCUUUCUUGGACUUGCAAUAUUUGAUUUGCAUUAUUUGACAUAUGGUGAUCUAUUUUAGAAUGUUUGUGACAUGAUGAUUGAUAAAUUUUAUUUUCAAUUUUUUUAGUUAGUAAUUUAUGAUAAUUUAUCUUAAAUAUUUAUUUGAUCAUUUUUUAAAUUUGACAAUUUAUGAUAAUUUAUUUUUGACACUUUAUUUGAUUUUUCAGGUGGCGGCUCUAUAGCAUUAGCUGGUGAUGGGGGUCUACGCCAGUGGCAGAUUACCAACACAGUCAAUCAUUUAGCUCAUGUACCAGAUUCAUUCUUUGCCAUUCGGUUUGUAAAUGAUUUGUUUUGGUUGAAGUCUUUCCCAAGUUUGUUGAGUUGAACCAAGAAAACCAGAGUAAAACCAAUCAUAGGGGCAGAUCCAGGAAUUAAUUUGAUAGGAGGCAAAAAACAUAGAAAUGUAUUUUUUCCCUUAAGCCAAAUUACAUGUAAGGAAAGAAAUAUUGCAAGACAAGUAUAGUAGAUAUAGGUUACUUUAUAAAGAAUUAAUUUUACAUGCAGUCCUGUCAUUACUGACAAUAAUUUUGGUGUCUGGAAAGUGGUAAAAAACCUACAGAUUUGAUUCCACACACCCUUUCUGUGGAUUUGCUACUGAAACCUCUAAGAGAUCAGAAAAUAUAAGCAAACUACAACCCCACAUGAAAUUAGCCUUCCUGACUACACAAGUCACUUUUUAUACAUAUUAAAUAUUUUUAGUGUUAAUGUCUUUCACAUUUUCACAGUAAAAUAUUUACUACUCAUUUUAAUGUUUCUUUUGUUUGAGAUUGAUGGUUUGAAAAAUGUUAAAUCAACAAAAUUUGAGCCAUUUCAUAAUUGAUAUACUUUUUAUUUUUCCUAGAGUGGAGCAAGGAAGCACCAGUGAUGCAGUUAUUCUUCAGUCAAGUACGUGGUACGAUGAGGAAGGAUUCACUCCUGCAGCAUAUGUCACAGACCAUGGUAAUUGGUAGAUCUUUCAGAUAAGAUUAUUAGAAAUCUGCAGCCCUUUUGAACAAUGUAAAAAUACAUAUCACUCCUUCUAUUUCAAAUCUAUAAAUGAGAUUAACUGAUCUGAACUCAACUUUAUUUUGUAGUUGUACCAGAUGGAUCUAAAGAGCUUCUCAGUGAACUACCUGGAGUUAAAACUUUGGAAGUCACGGCAAAAUACCCCAUUGCAGAAGGUUUGUCACCCAAUAAUAAUUUAUUAAACAAUCAGUACUGGUAACUGAAAUUUCAAGGCAAGGAACCUUUUUGCCCUAACUCAUAAACUUGGUAGCUUUCUUUCAGAAAGCAAAAUAUAGCCAUAUAACUGUAUUUUUGUAGCUUCUCUGGUAAGUAUUCAGAGAUGUGCUCCAGAUUUAGUGUUUCAAACUGAUGCAAAAUACAUGUGAAGGGUCAAAACACUUUGAUUUUUGAGCAGGGAGGGCAAAAUAUCUAAGUUGGUUUUUAUGGGGGAGGGGUGAGUCAAUGAUUGUUGCUGAAAGGUUGAGUCAUUUACAGUAUAGACUUACAUGUAUGUCACAGCCUCCAUUUGGACUUCCUUGUUCCAAUUCUCCCAAACCACCCAGCACUCCUAUAUGAUGGGGGAUAUCUUUUACCUUGUCUGUGGAUCAUACUACAAAAUAUUCACAUGAUUUCUUUGCCUUUUCCAGUUGACGUUUUAAGUGAUGAGGUGCCUGUCCAAGUGCACUUAGAGGCAUUCAAUCCUUGCAUCCCUCUGGACUCCAAGAACAGUGGAAUACCAGUGGUUGUCUUAAACUACACUGUGACAAAUUCAUCAAAAGAUGCUGCAAAGGUGAAUUACUUUGUGAUGACAAAACUUUCCCAUCAUAUCUUAUGCUUAGGCUGCUCAACUGAGAAAGGACUUACAGUACAUUACACUUACUGGCUCUAGAGAGGGUAUUAAGUGAGGAGAGCUUCCCAGAGUUCAAUGGACCUUUUAGUGGUGAUGCACAUGUGUAUUGAUAACAGUUUUUAAUGUAAAUAGACUAAGAAAGAUGGAAAGUUUUGAGUUUUGUGAAGAAAUAGAGAACAUGGGAGUGUAAUCCAAAGGUCUGAGGUGCGAUUACUUAUGGGGAUUCAGAAUUUUUUUCUUUGUCCCAGGCUUAUGGCAAUUAAGACAAAAAACAUGUUUCUCUAGUAUUUAAUGUGUUUUACAUGUAGGUUUCAUUACUGGGAUCACUCCAAAACAUUGCUGGCUGGAAUGGACAGACUCCAAUUGCUUCAGAAGGUGUGAAUUUAUUGGAUUUUUUUUACUUUGCUCCUGUAAUCCUUUCUGAGUGUACAAUGUAUUCCAGUGAGCAACCUUGAGAGGUUGGAAAAAUGCUCUCUGAGCAUCCUGUGACUCAUAUAUAGUUCUGUCUUUGAUUUUCUCUAUAUCUGUAAAUCAAUGGUAACCCUUUAUCUUAAGAGAAACUAUCAGGCCAAUGUUACUAUAUAAAUAACAGAUAAAGAGAUAGUUUUUACUUUCAAAUUAGCAUUUUAUCAAAAGCUGUGAAUGAAAGAUUUCUUCUAUAUAUUCUGACAGAUUGUGCAAAUUAAUUUGUUAAUGAUUCAAGUGUAAUUUCACACAAUGUAUAGUUGGCAAAAUUGGUUUGUAGUUUUUGUAGUUAAUGGAAUUGGUGCACUUUAAAAGUGCAGUUGUGGUGGAUCUUGUGACAUGUAAAAUUAAUUUACAGAUUAUAAAAGUUCAUAAAAGUGAUAUUUUAAAAUAAAUAUUGUUUUUUAUACCACAUGAAUUAAGAUGUUUGAUACAUUUGUUUUGUAUUGUAGUUGCCUGUGAUGGAUAUGGUGGAAAUAUUAACAGUCUUUUGGAGACCAGGUAUCAUCGAGUUUAGUUUGUGUUUUCAGACAGUUAAGAGGAAUGCUGACAUAAUUUUUCUUUCAAUAAUGACCUGGCUUGAUAGUUUUCUCUGUAAAUCUCCGAUACCUCUAGUAACAGGAUGUGUACCAAAUUCAUUUUUAUAUUAAUGAAUCAUUUGAUAAAAUUAAUGUUUUUUGUUAGUUUUUAAUUUCUUUUUGUGGAAAUUUAUCUAGCUGUCUGUUUGGUAUUGACAUGAGUAACCCAUCCUUGGAAGAGCGGAGUGCAUCAAAUGGACAUGUGUCAAUAUCAGGUACUGUAAAUAGAGAUUCUGUAGCAGCCUAUAGUUGUACAACCAGUCGUUUGAUUUUAGAAGUUCUUAUUCGGUUGAGAAGUGCCCCUUUCCCCAUUAACAGUGUGAAACAAAGUUAGCUGAAGAAAAUAACUUGAUACUGUCUUGGGAGUUGAAAGGCAGAGAGAGGUGCCGAUACAGCUAGGUACAACUAGUAGCAGGUUUUUACACUUCUAAUAACUGGCAAGGAUUGGUUUACUCACCAUGGUUGUACUGCUCACUUUAAAGACAGGCAACUAACAUUUAUCCUGUAUCCUGACAGUGAUCUGUGAAAAAGCAUCUAAUCGAAUUAUUAAUUACUUGACUUCCUUAAUGUUGGUGUGCAUAUAUUUUUCAACAUCGCCUACACCUUGUGCAGCUAUAUCAAGAGAUUUUUUUCUUUUUUCAAUGUUAGACAAACCCAAUAAACUUAAAAUUAAAUUAUUUUUAUGCUUAAAACCAAUUUUAAAAUUUAUGCACCCCAAAUUGUGAUGUUAUCACAAUGGCUCAUUAAUUCAUUGUCUAUUUUAUGUUAAUUAAAUUUUUAAAUUAUUAUUUUUGCAGUGGUGAAAAAGCCAGGUGAUAGUUUGUCUACAAUGCUCCAAUAUGAUGAUGUGAAAGAGAUGUGGCAAUAUUUUACAUUAUCGGGACUACCUGGGCAAGGAAAGUGUGGUCCCUCUCCAGUAAGUUCUUUACAAAUUAAUGGUCAGGUUAAUUCUCAUGUAAAGUAAAGGUGCACUGAGCAUUUGAGCCCAAUGAGCUGUCAAGCCAGAGCUUCUAUUUCAAAGCACUUAGUGGAAUGGAAUAUAAUUACAGUGACUUCUCUUGGUCAGUGGUCUGAAUUCGAGUCUAUCACUGGUCACUGGCACCUGCAACCAACCCCCUCCCCCCUUCCUCCCAAUGGGUCUUGUCUUGUAACUUACUGUAAUAUUAAUUGUAUACACAGUAUAUUUUUUGUCUCUUGAUUUAGAUGGAUUUAUUAAACAUAUAUUAUGGGAAGAGGUGCAUGAAAAAAGUAGCCUUAUGCAACUUUCUGAUAGACUGUUAGAUUCUUAACUUCCAAAUGUGUCAAAUCUUCCCUUGUGGAACAGGCGGAGAAGUGUUCUGCACUACCCUUCAUUUAUGCAUUUCCACGGAGAUGGAUGUGGUUUUCUAUGUGCAAAACCUUAAAGCUUUUAAGUUGUUUGUAUUUUCUGAGUUAAAAGAUAAGGAGUAGGUUUACCAUGAUUGUCUCUUUACAGGUGGGUAAAACUUGGAAUGGAGCUGUUUGUUGUGAGAGAGAAGUCCCACCUAACAGUUCAGAGGUAAAUUUUAAUUUCUCAUAAAUACCAAAUAGGCAACAGAGAAUGCUAGGAACAGAUUAGUCUUAAUUUUAUUUUAGGAGUAGCUUGUUUAUGACUGUGAUGAAAUGCCAAUGUGCUGAAUUUCAAAUUCCAGUUGGACUAGGAAACAGUGGACAAAGAGUUUAUUCACUGAUGUACCACUGUUAAAUCCCCUGAUUAUUACCACCACUAUUAUUAUUACAAUUAUUACUAUUAUUUAUGAGUAGAAGAUCAAACUGGGUUAAAUUCAAACCCAGUAAUGAUUCAAUUUAUCAUAACCUAUUUGUAUUUCAGACCUUCACAUUUCUCUUGGCUUGGCAUUUUCCACACAGGUAUGUUGUAUUAGUAUAGGUAAUAACAUGAUGUCAAGUGCUAUUUGGUGUCGAUAAGCAGGAGUAAAUUUUGGAAAGACGACGGGUGAGUGCAAUUUGUUGUCUUUGAAAAAUGUACAAUUGCUUAUUUGUACCAAAUUGCAUGAGAAAUCAUGUUAUUACUUAUUAUUAAUUUACAUGAAAAAAAAAAACAUCACAAAAAGUCAAGACAGGUGUGUUUCAUGAAUAAUAGUGUACAUGACUGGCUGAAAAUGGGUGCAUUCUCAUGUAACAUGAGUGCAAAAUUGUAACAUGAGUGCAAUUACAAAUAGCGCAUACUGUCAAAAUUUAUCUGUCUUUACUUUCUGUGAAGAUUUUUCAUGUACAUCAUUAACAAGCAACAACAUGAUUUCAAGUUCAGAUUGGUGUAAUAAGAACUUAUAAAUUUUUCAAAGACUACAAAUUGCACUUGCCCUGCAGGCUUGUGCAAUUUUGUUGUAUUUGAAUAAUUUACUUGUGCUUAUUACAACUAAAUUGCAGUGGAAAUCAUUUUAUUACCUGCGCUAAAGCACUCACUUUCUGCCAAUCAGAAGUGCAUAUUUUUUCAUGUAUAUUUUAUUAAGCUGGAAAUGGUGUAAGCAAUUAAUCAGAAAUAAGACAUGGCAUCAAAAUCAUGAAAUAUGUUGGAAAAGGUUUACUUUACACAGUUUUAUCGAUACAGUAGGGAUUGGUGUUCAUUUGAUGUUUUUGAAAUGAACAAGUGAUUGAUACUUUAUAUUGAUUGAUUGAUUUUUUAUUUAAUUAAUUAUUUGAUGGACUUAUUGGUUGACUGAUUGAUUGAUUGAUUGACUGAUUGAUAUAUCAACUGAUUCAUUGAUUGACUGUUGAUUGAUUGACUGAUUAAUUGAUCAAUUGAUUGAUUGAUUACUUAAUUGACUGACUGAUGGGCACAGUGCACUGUACAUGUUGGAGUCUGUGCAAGUGUGUGCACAGGACUCCAAGUCCAAAAUUUUCCAAAAUUGCCAGCUGGGGACUACAAUCAUUGAUUAGUUGCUUGAAAAAUUUUUUUAGUUGACUGAAAGAGAAAAGAAAUAUUUAAAAUGUCAAAGGUUGUGACAUUGUAAGUGAUUGCUAAACAAAGGUUAACAAACUGGUUGGUAGAUUUGCUGCAAAUUUAGGGAUCAAAACUACUGCAGCUCAAAUUUUUGAUGUAGUAUGUUGCAGGGCCAAAAAGUUCAUUUCCCUAUCAUAAUAUACAAUUCAUGGGAUGUGACACUGUCAUUGAAGUCAUAGUGACAAACCUCACAUUUUUGCAAUUUUAUUUCUUCCAUUAAAGUUAAAAUUUUACUUGUCUUCUGGACAGAUAUGUAAACUGGAGCCAGGGGUAUUUUGGUAUCAACGAUCCCAAUACACAGUUUUACAUUGGCAAUCAGUAUUGCAAGUUCUGGAAGAACAUUAACGAGGUGAGAACACUAUCACCCAAUGUUCCAUUUGUUUAAUCCUUUGCAAUCAGUAUGGCAAGUUCUGAAAGAACAUUAACGAGGUGAGAGCACUAUCACCCAAUGUUUGAUUUGUUUAAUCCUUUGCACUUUACAUCUGGUUGUUGCUGACAGCCAGACAAACACAGGCGUGUAUGCAUUCAUUUAAACAUAAGGCAAUUAAUGUUGGUUAUGCUGUGGUACCCAUAAGGUGGUACACCUGGGCCCAGUUGGUCAAAGGGGCGGAUAGCACUAUCCAUUGGAUACAUCGCAUUCCAGUGAAUAAGUGUUUAUAAAAUGUAAUAUGCUAUCCACAGGAUAGAGAUUUAUUCAAGGGAUAGCGUUAUCCACCCUUCAAACAACUGUUGCCUGGGGUUACAGAAUUUAUAUGCUCCCCUACUGUCUUUUGGAAUUCAGUCAUAUGGGUGGACAAUCAAGGACCUAAAGUGUUCUUUACAAUGUAUGAUAUUCAAAGUUGUUUGUGUUUGGAGGACAUGGUAAAUUUUGUUAACCUGAAUGUAAACAAAAUUACGACAAAAAGUAAUUAUACUGUUAUUGUUAAGGUUAAAAAGUUAUACUGAUAUUCAUGUUGGAUCUUUAAAACUUCACAAAAAUUAGUUUGUGACAAUUCGAAUUCCUUUUGGAACUGAGCGUGGCAUUCAUUUUAUCUUUUUAUCCUUUAUUUAGUUUGUGCUUUAGUUUAAAAUAAAAGAAAGAACUGCCCUCAUGGAAUGAUGUCGUAAGUUUCACCUUGCCGAAAUACUGUUUCCUCAGUGAACAGAGCGUAGCCUAUAUUUCUUUCACCCAACCUGUAAUUUGGUGCCUUUGUGAGUGAAAUUGAAGAAGAAAUGUUGACGAUGGCCUCCACUGUUUGUAUUUCAGGUUUUGUACUACACAACUGCUAACUUGGAGUCCUUAACAUUGUCGACCAGGGUCUUUAGGAAUGCAAUGUUUGAUUCCACAUUGCCGUGGCAAAUAAUUGACAGUGCAGCUGGACGGCUGUCUGUUGUAAGGUGGGUUAUGAUUGAAAGUUUGAUGAUCGCAAUUAAAGUUUGGAGGGUUAUAGCUGUUUUAACAACGGCUGUAUGAAAUUGGAAACGAUCACCUACUACUGCUCAUGAUUAUUAAACAAAUUCUCCUUGUCAGUACCAUACGAAAUAUGUAGAGAACAGUAUGGAGAAUAUUGAUACUGAUCUUAGGGUGUGCUGUGAUGAUUUGGUCAAACCAAUCAUCACGUGUUAAGAUUUUGUGACGAUUGCUUGGUUGGUCGUUGUAGCCAGGAAGGAUCCAGGGACAACAAGUCCUUUUUCCAGUUUUCUUGAUUCUUUUCAAGUAAACAUUAAUGCUUUGUUUCGCACAUUCGGCUGCUUCCAAAAGAGACUAAAAUAAGCACUGUUUCGACCCUUAAAACUUUUAAAAGUUUCGAAUAAGCGCCUUCCCUUGAUGUACCAAAAGUCAUUACGUUCAUCAGAUUUUAACGAGAGAUAAAAUAUUUUCUGUUAGAUCCCCCACGUGUAUGUGGUUGGCUGAUGGCAAUCUUUAUGGAUUUGAAGGUAGAAAUGAUUAACAUCUAACUUCGUCACACAACGCUGACACAUUAUCCAGCAUGCUGGUGAUGAGAAUAUGGGAAUAGACGUUUCAGUUUGGGUGUGAAACCAAACUCGCUAAGUUAAUUUUUUAUGAGAUGUGAAGCGGUUAUGAAUAAGAGAGACUAAUCAGACCCUUGAAGUCUUGAGGGGCGAAUACGGUUUUAAAACCAUCAUGUUAUAAUGUGGCCAGAGGGAAAAUGCAGUAGUGGUUCUUGUUAGCCUGUGAGAAGGCCCCAUCAGGAGAGCUUGGGCGCAAGCGUUUUUUUUCCCGCGGGAAGGUACCAGCCCUUGAGCAACGUGAGCCAGUGAUAGGUCAGCUAGCGGUCUGGCACUGAUAGUAGUACCAGAUCCCCGGUAAACCUCUCCCCGACUCGCCUCAUAUAUUCCCGUGGGCGGAGAAACGCGCGACCUGCAGCACUAAAAUGACUAUAAUGGCCUUCUCGCAAGCUAGGUUCUUGUUAGGUGAAGUGAUUCUGGAAACUCUCGUCUCAGUUUUUACAGUAUGAAAAAUUGAAUUUAAAUUUUGGAGAGGUCGAAGCGUUUGCCAAUACGUAACGAGAUUGAAUCUUUGAACUUGAUUGAAUGUAUAUAUCUAAUUCAAUGUAUCUAUUAACGUUUCUGGUUGUCUUUUUUGUCUCCUUCCAUUUCCAGGAUGUAGUAAAGUUGGAGGUGAGUUCGUGUUGAAGCGCUUUUUAAUCGAGUGUUAUAAAACCAACUUCAAAGUAAUCAGAAUGGCAAAUCAAAGCUGAGGAGAAUAUCGUAAGGGACGAACGAGUACUUAAAGUGUAAACAAGCAACCUUUCCGAAGCACGAGUUAACGAGCAUGACAAAAUCGCGACUUGAUUUUGUGUGCCCUGAUUGAUUUAUAAGGUGGCGCGAGUUUUCUGGACCAAUUACGGAGCGAAGUAAAGCAAAAUCAAAAGUAAUUCCCGAUUCCUAUCGACGCUUAGUUAAAUGUUUACUCCACAAUCAAAUUUUACUGCAUUUCUCCAACACAGGCAUAAACGCACUUUUUAAGUUGUUGGCCACCUGUAAAGGAGAAGUUGGAAAUUUUAAUUUUCCUAUUAAAACUGUCGCUGUUCAAACAUCUUUGCACGAAUUUAUUUAGCCAAGACGCUAUUAUUAGGGUGUCGUUUAAACUGCGUUGGCGCUCAUUUGUGAAACUGUGAUGUUGAUUUCAUAUUUCAUGUCGUCAGGUUGUUGCCCGCUCAAUUGCACACACGUGUUCAACUACGAAAUGGCCAUUGCAAAGUAAGUUCUGUGGCACUAUAACUGUCUAAUUUUUGCGAGCGUCUGGGUCAUUCUUGAAACUAUCCCUUUUGAAGUUUCGCGAUUGGGAUUCAUGGUGCUCUUCUCUUUGCGCAACCUUUUCACCUUCUCUGAGAGUAUGGUAAACUGUAACUUUUCUUCACAAUGUGAAUGUUAAGUAGAGAUGACGCCUCAAAAAGAUUAGUGUAUUCCACGUGCCUAUGAUAUUAACUUUAGUCAAAUGUACUCUAACAGUGCUCAUGAAUUUUUUAUUUUUAUCAGGUGUUUCCCUGAUUUGGAGAGAACCAUGAGAGUGGUUGACCUGAAAGAGCAGAUAGCUCCCAAUGCCAUCAUACCAAGGUACGGUUUGCCUAAAAUAAAGCAGAUCAUCAUUGUAGCGAACCACCAAUUAAUCGAGUUGAGAAGGUGCAGCGAGUGUUAGACGCAGCAACUUGACUUGCAAGAAAUGCGAAGCGCGAGAAAAGCAGACGGAGCCGCUGCCAAGUGCAGGAAAACCUGGAGUUGGUACCAAGCGCGGGAGAAUUUGCCACCGAGACGCGGGUAAACACUUAGCCUAUUGCCAGACGCAGGAGAGGUGGCCGAAAAAAAAUGCGUGACAAAAACGUGGAAGUGCAUUUUUGCGGUUGUAAUUGCGAGAAAUACCGUCCUACUCUUUUCGAAGCGUGAAGCUAUUUAAGUACGGUUCAGAGGUUAGGUAGGACAUAAACGCUCACUGGUAAUUGAAUAUGUUUGGAAAAGUGUUGUUUUCAUAAUAUUUUUAGCCGCACUACUGUGCCUCUUGAGCUUCGACGCUGGUGGAGCUUUUGGCCAAACUACACUGACGUUGACCCCGCCUCUACUACGAUAUGCGUUGAUGGCGAAAUUGGAACCGUGUUGAAAACCUACAGGGAGGUAAAUAUACCACAUACGAAACGAUCUUCUGUUGAGAAAUUUAGACAAAAAACCUAAAGAGGCAAUGGUAAAUCAAGAAGGAACAAGGAUGGCGAAAGAUGAAGACGAUUGACACGGAUUGCAAAGGAAAAUUCGAGACUUCAGGAUUAAUUUUACAAGUAAUUCAUUCCGCGCUCUUCUCAGAGCUAUCUCAACUGAGUGUUGAAAGUCAUUCAGGAUUGCUUUGGUUUCGAUAAACUUUGCUCUGUGAUUGGUCUAGGAAAACUCGCGCCAUAUUCUCAACCAAUCAGAUGCAAGUUAAAAACGAAUGCGACUUGACCACUCGCGUUUUCCCGCGCUUUAAGCAAUUUGCUUGAAUUCACUUUUAAUUCUUAUUGGCUAAUGACAAUGUAAACCUUGGUUCUGAUUGGUUGCUGGGAUAUCUUUGGUUUUAGUGUUUCGACUCCCAGUCUAUUUACAAGCCAAUAUAUAUUUGGCAAAUCUCUCAAAUCAGAUCACUAAAGGCUCAUGAAAGAAAUGCAAUUGUGGCCCUUCUUGUCCAUCAUUUCAGGUUCUUCAGGGGGCUACUCAAGAGUGGUUCAAUAGUUUAUGGCCAGCGGUUAAGAAAAUCAUGGCACGAUGGAUGGGGGAACUGGAUUCGGGAGAUGGUAAAAAAAAACAAAUUUUAAAUACUCUUGGUAGUUGUAUUUUUGGCUCAUUGAGAAUUUUUCGUUAAAAGAUAUCAGGCAUUUCUUUAAUUGCAUUAUUCACUCUGUCGAUGUUUCGUCUUCACAGGUUUGAUUCGUACUCCUCAGCCUAACACUUAUGACAUCUGUUUCUAUGGUGUGAAUACUUUCACGUGCUGUCUUUAUCAUUGUGCAUUACGGUUAGUAGCCACCAUUGUUUUAGUUAUGGUGUGAAAACCGUUCAUCGUUAAGAAUUUUCACGACAGAUUGUCGAUUAAACGGAACCAAAUCAUCGCUACAGCCAAUCAGAAUAAAGAAGUUGUGAAGGAGCCAAUGAAAACUCAGAAUGAACACACGUACCCGUCCUCUAGCGCGGGAAAACGCCUGUGUCUAAGUCGCUUUUGGUGCAAAAAUAUAAUCAAUGCAAAGUGAUUAACUGAGAGGAAGACGCGAGAUUUCUAGACCAAUCACAGCGCAAAGUAAAGCAAACCCUAUGUUUGUACACUCAUUAGGGAGAAAGUUUGCAUCAUUAUUUGUUAAGUUAAAAUGAGAUGUUAGAGAGUUUUUAGUCGGAAUAAUCCAGAAAUACAGGAGAAUGUGAGCUUUAUUUAUUUAUUCAUCCAGUAUUAUUUUAACUUUUUAUAUCGGAAUGAGUUGUUGAGCUAUUUUUCUGUUUUCGAUUGAAAGGACUUUGCUAUAUAGAGGUGUGUCUUUGACGCAUGCUACUGUCAAAUGAACUGCUACUGUACAAAGAUGGAUUUGUCCCAAACUGAUUCGUUAUUCCUCUUAUUGUGUUAUAGAGCUGCGGAGGAGAUGGCGAUACUUCAAAAAGAAUCGGUACAGUAAAGGUUUUUUCCAACUUUUUCCGUAUUUCCAUAGUUUGACCUUGUAACUCCCAGAGGUGAUAAACAUACAGCUUUUCCCUACAAUAUCCAAAUAUUAUCCAGCAAACAGGUAAUGGAAAUACUAAACUCAACAUGAAGAAGUUGUUAUCUUGAGCUAACACCGAAUUCUCGUAACUAUUUUACAAGGAAAUGUGUCGCGGCUAGAGGGGAGAAUUAACAGUUAGAUCUUGGGGGUAAAACUGUGAAAACAACACACCUGGGGGGAGGGGUGCGGGGGGUGUUAGGAAUUCUCGAGUACAUGUUACUCCUGAUUGUAAUAAAAAGUUAAUCAUAUUUGACGGUGAAAUAACCUGAUUUGCCUCCAUAUCGCCAGGAGAUUCUAGUUUAGUGAAUCGUGUCCCUCUUAUUGCCAGUCCUAGCUUUGCUUCUCAGCUUGCGAGCAGGUCUUUAUUAUUAGCGCUGCCGGACGCGCGUUUCUCUUACGGGGGGAAAGUUUGAGAAGAGUCGGGAAGCGGGAAGUUUAUCGGGGUCCCUCCUCCCUCUGGUGGACCUUUCGCCGGCUCUCGCUGUUCUAGGCCUCUUAAUUUCCCGCGGGCGAAGACGCGCGCGAGCCGAAGGGCUUAUCAGGAUAAUGGCCUGUUCGCAGGCUAAUGCAUUUGGAAGGUGUCUACAAUUGUUUAAGAUAAGAUCGCUAACUAGAAAAGCUUUGAAUGUUUUAAUUUUUUGGGCCUUUUAGGACCUUGCUGAUGAGUACUCCGCCAGGUUCAAACUGGGAAGUGUCAACCUCGAUAAGGCCUGUUACACAAACGGAAAAUGGUACACACAGGUAAGCCAUUUCUUAAAAAGAACCUUUCGGUGUACAAUGCCCUUCAUGGUGACCCAGGAGUGGCAUAGCUCAGAGCCUCUUUAUCAGGACGAGGUAGCAAUCCGUUUGAAUUUGUUCUAAAGAAUGCAAGUGAAUUUGAUCUGAAUUCUUUGAUCUGCUUUGGUUUCUUUUUUCUGCAACUCAUUAUGUCUGAGUCAUACGUGAAAUUUUAUUUUUUAGUUGGCGACGUUCGCGUUUACGUUUUUGCUACGGUUUGUAAGAACGAACCCCAUCUAUUAAUGCUUCAAUGACCGAGUAUUUGAUCCUAGUCGCUAUGAUUAUUGAAGGGAGAGGAAAAAGGGAGAAAGUCUUCACCUCUUCCAUCCUGGACUAUAGAGGGAUACUGUAGCCGAAAGGGGAUCCUUUUUCGUGCGUGUGGUGAAUGAACGGGCGCGGCUUCCAUAAGUGCAAAUGUGAAAAGAGAAAAACUUUCUUAAGUUGUUUGAAAGGAUCAAGCGACGACUCCAUUUGAUUAUUUUUUAGAGGUUACCCAUAAUCAUCCUUUACUGAAUCUUUCAUGGUAGAGAGUGAAUGCAUCGUUUCACAUCUUGGAUCAUUAAAGGACUCCUUUGUAAAAAGGGGUAAAGAUUUACACCUUCGGACGAAGUAAACCCGUACAAAAUUUCCUUAUCACAGCCCUUCCUCCCUUUCCACUAAACCUCUGCAUUUUAAUGUCUUAAUUGUAAUCUGUAUUGUUGUGUAGGUGCUAGAUCCAGAGAAUCCGAAAGAGGAAAUUGCCGACGGUAGGGUGACUUUCUAAUGUAAUUUUUGAGUGGGGCGGAUGAAGGGAGAAUGCAUUGCGUGACAAUAUUAGAGAGGCAGUGGGCUUGAGUCUUUGAUAUUUUUAAUUUUAGGAACGUUCAUUGAUUGUUUGCUUGGCCAGUGGUGGGCAAAUGUUUUGCAGCUCGGUGAUAUUUUACCAAAGGAGCAUGUCAUGUCUACUUUGGAGAACAUUUACUCCAGAAAUCACGUGGAUUCGUUUAAUCCAGGUAUGGCAAAUUGUAGUCGAUGAAGAUGGUUCUCUCGUGCAGGUUUUCUUUUGUUUCUAGCGUGACGUGUGUCUGCUAAGUUUCAUAGGUAGUCGUCUUUGCAGCUGUCAUUUGAAAUGUCACGCAACGCUGCUUGAAGAAGAGCUGAGAGGAGUGUUGCGUGACAUUUUCGAGAACGGCUACGACGGAUGAAUCCUUCUGGUUAGGUGAACAAUGAUAUUGGAAAUAUUGAUAUUAAUACUAAUAUUAAUGAUAAUAAUAAUGAUUCACCGUUAAUUCAAAUGUUAGAAUAAAAUUGAUCUUGAGCUUAAACGUUGGAAACCCAAGCAAUAUGACUCGUAACCUGCCAAGUAAUGUCGCCGCGAACUUUACCUUUAGUGUAAGUGUACCUUAUUUAAAGAGGUUUUUCGCAUAAUUUCAUUCCUGAUAAUUGUCGCAAGUUUGGUUUUAAUUCUUAUGUAUCCAUAUAUAUCCUUGUAAGACUUCUCAUCUCAAAUCUCGUAUUAUUGUCAAAAGCUAUUAGAAUGUAUCAUCAUAAUCAGACCUUGACGAGUUUUCGAUUGUUAUGUUAUUUGGUUUCUUAAAUUUACUAUCUUACGUAUAAAAAGGAAUUUUUAGAAACAUUUGAUUGCAAAAUUAAACGCUUAAACUUUAUUGAAAUACACAGAAACUUCUAAACACUUUAAAAGAUUUUGACCAGGUUUCGACGUUGCUCCACGUCACUAUCAAGUCAAGAGUAAAAAUUACAACAGAAAAUAUUUCAUUAUGUAUCAGAUUAAGUAACUUUAUAUUUGAAUUAUGUCUACUAGCGGACCAGAAUCCCCGGAAGUUCUUUGACCAGCGAGACGCCGGACUUUACAUUUGCCGGUGGCCUGGGUCGCCUCCAGAAGACCCCUUCCGGCACAGUAGUGAGGUUAGUGGUGCAUCUCAUCCAAAUUGUGUCCAAUUCGUGCCUAUUAGUUUCAGCAGGUGUAUAAACUUUCGUUUAUGUAACUGCUUUAUCUUCUUGUCACGCAAUGUUAAGAAAGAAUGACGCAUGUGUUAUGAGGUUUUAUGUCAGAUUUGAGUGUUCCUGUCGGCUGUCAAGCGGCUGUUGACGUUGGGACAUGCUCAUGGCAUGUCACGCAAUAGUUAUUCGCAGAGGGACGAUUUAGCUAUGCAGGUUACCAUCUUAAGCACCCUACACAUAAGAGACUAAUGUCUAUGAAGACUUGUUCACAAACGUUUCUACUAGUGUCACGCUCACGCAUUCGUAACUUAGAAUACACAAAGAUUGAAACGAUGAAGUGUGUCCUCAGCUAAAAUCUAAUGUAUUUUAUAUUUCUUUUUUCGCUUAAUAAGGGAGCCUGGACUGGUUUGGAGUACGAAUACGCCCAAUUGUGUUUGAAUCAGUCAAUGGUCAGCACAGCACUCAGUGGUAUUGACAGUCAUUUUGUCUUGUGUUUGCGCGUUUGUUCAUUCAUAGGGUGUCUUCUUUCGGGAUGUUUGACUUUACACCGCUCUUACCUCCUUUCAUUUAAGAUUCUUUUGUUCACAUUGCACCUUUUCUGGUUUAGUUUUGACCGACACCCGUGAAAAGUAUGACGGCACUCGACGCAGUCCUUGGAACGAAAUUGAGUGUGGCGACCAUUAUGUUCGCCCAAUGGCAGCUUUUACCUUUUUUGAGUUCGCCUCAGGUCAGGUAAGGAGUACUUCGCUAUCAGUAGCUCUUAAUUAUGAUAUUGACAUCCAGUGCUUGUGUUGUAAGGUUUUGCUCUUGUGCGUGGCGGUUUUGUGUGCGCUUUUCUUAUCCGCUUGAUGAUUGUUAAAAAAAAGUUUUCAAGCACCUUACGGAGACACUUCUAUCUGCUUAGGGAUUUUUCAUAAAAAAAAAGAAUGAUGUCUGUCAAGGAGAUUGUGUCUUUCUUUACUGAUGUCACGACGUGACGUCACCUGAACUGAGCUGAGUUAACCAAGAUUAUUGCGACCUCAAACUGAUAAGAAUAAGAUGGUAUGGAUUGAAAAUGUGACUUGCGUCUAAUUUCUCCAUACAGUAUCACCCCUGAAUCACACAUUAAGGUUACAAGAUAAAGGAAAUGAUCACCAACUAAAGAUUGUUAAACCAAAUCUCCUUCUUAACACCUUAGGAAAGCUAUAGAGAACUGUAGGGAGAAUAUACAUACUGAGAUUAGGGCGUGAGGGGUUAAAAAAUCAUGAUUGAACGUAAGUCUUCACUUUUUCUUGAAUUAUUUUUUUUACCAGACUUGGAAGUUGUCCGAGGUUGGGAAUCCUUUGAUCAGCCUUGGGUUUGCACCGCGAAUUAAUCCAUCAGACUUCUGUGGCUUUUUUAUCACUGCCACUGCUUGGGGUCAGUUUAAACAGAAGGGAGAUGAAGAAAUGAGAGAUGGAACUGCUGAGGUAAAAUAUUAUGAAUUUUUUUUUGUAUGAAGUUUUUUCCUUUGCCCCAGUGAACAUAGCCAAAGUUUAGAACAGACACAGUUUUUCGCUGAUGCUGUGAUGCCGGUAAAUUUUAGCCUUCAGUAUCCACUUUUGUUCGUUUUCCAGCUUUGUGUUCAUCAUGGAGAACUACGCCUAUCACAGCUCACUCUCAAGUCACGUGCCUCCUCGGCCUUAGCGCGCAUGGCAGGAGGUAUUAACGAGUUGCUGGUCACAACAGUGGCUCAGGUAAAACAUCUUUCUUUUGCGAAAAUGAACUCUAAAGACCGUAAAACGCUAUUGGGCGGUUGAAUUAAGUUUAUUGUGAAUUUAUUUUGUGUCUUUUUGACUAGAACGCUGAACAGCUCUCAAUUGACUUCGAUUCUUGUGGAAUUCUGUUCAAAGCUGGCGAGAGUCUGCAUGUCACACUUUCAGGU